AUGUCUUUCAUAAACCUUGGCUUGAAUCUUGCUGCAUCGUCUUCCGUCGAUGUUUGGUUUCAUCUUAAGCAGGCCGUGCUUCAAAGCGCGUGUACUGCCAAAAGCAAUGAGCAUUCCACGAUCCAACAAAAUAACGUCAUGGAAUCGUACCCCUUCAAGCUCUUCCCGAGCAACAAGCUUCUCACUUGGGCUCCGGAAACAGUCAUCGAUAAUGCAUCAUCCGAUGAUCAAAUUUUGAUGGACACUAAUCACGUGGAAGAAUACUGUGAUACAUUAUUUGACUGCUUACUCGACUGCCACAACAGUAUCAUCGAAAUUGAGGGUCUCAAAUCGCCGUCUAGCUCGGCAUCUUUGAACAGUUUAUCCUGCUACUCCUGUGAAUCAGAAGAAGACGAAGCCAACUAUCAUGAAUGCGAAAGCUCUUUUAGUUCUCUCUUUGAAGAGGAUUGCAUAGACCACUCUAUCAUCUUGAAACCCGUCGCAACCUCAUCAUUCUCAAUCUCCGAACCUAAUCACACGGAUAUUCCAGCAUCUGAAGAAACACUGCUUCUUGAACCAAUCUCGUUAAAAAAUCGCUCAUGGAAUGAACAGAUUAAUCAUCUUGCUACUGAUGAAGAAUGGGACGAACAUAUCGAUGAAUUAGCAAAGGAGUUUGAAAAGGAAAUGGGAUUUGACUCUGAAACCGAAUUCCUAUCAUUCGACAGUACCAUCACCAGGAUAUCAGCUGCGUUUGAUUGCAAAGAGGAAGAAGUUGAUAACGGUGAUCUCGAGGAUAUAUUUUUAUCACCAAGAUCUUUUGACGAAGAGGAAUUCGAGCAAUCUUUUGAUUCUCUCUUUGACGGUGAAGAUAGUAUGAUUAUUGAAAUUGAGAAUUCCGAUAAUAGUCAACAAACGAUCAAGGAAUCUAAUAACGAUUUCAAACAAACUGAACAAGAGAAACAUGAGUAUCAGUUAUUAUCUUUACAUAGACACGCAAGAGCAAUUCGAAAAAACCCUCACCUUUUUCAUCUUUUCCGUUAG